AUGAACUCUUGCAAUCCCCAGGAGUAUUCGCCCAACACGGUCAAGGUACCCACCGCGCUACAGUUGAUGCCAGAGCAGCACAUCCCCUUGGAGCUUGCGCGGGACUUGUUGAAGACUUUGGUCUCUGAAGGGACAGUGUCUCAUGAGACUGGCUCAGUCUUAGUCUUUCUACCGACUUGGGCUAUGAUGAGCAGCCUCAGCAAACUCCUACAAGCCGACACGAUGCUAAGUCGGUGCAAGGUGAUUAUGCUUCACUCACAGGUGCCAAAGGAAGCCCAAAUGGAAGCUUUUCAGCCUGCACCGGAGGGAAUGGCCAAGGUGAUUUUGGCGACCAACAUUGCUGAGUCCUCCGUGACCAUCGAUGAUGUGACCUGCGUCAUCGAUUCCUGCAAGGUCAAACUUACUUUCUUCACAGAGACCACUCGUUUGUCGUACCACGAUGUGGUCUUUACUGGUCGACAUAACCUGGAGCAAAGGAAGGGCCGUGCCGGGCGCACCCGGCCGGGGCUUUGCUUUCGGCUCUGCACUCGGAGACGCUUUGAGGAGGGGUUGGAGGAUGAAGUUCCACCAGAACUCACCAGAAUGCCGCUGGUGGGUGCUGCCUUGCUGGUGAAGUCCCUGGAACUGGGCGACAUCGCGGCGGUGCUGUCGCAGUGCCCAGAUCCGCCGCCCGAAACGUCGGUGGCUCAUGCCAUUGCGGAGUUGAAAUUGGUGAGGGCGUUGGAUGAGCAGCAAAAUCUGACGUAUUUGGGUCGCAUUCUGGCGAGGUUGCCCCUGGAUCCUCAUGUGGGUGUGGCGUUGCUCUUGGGCCACUGGCUCUUUGGCCUGGGGGACGUCAUGGCCACCAUCUGCGCGGCCAUGUCCUUCGACGAACCCUUUCAGUUUGCGGAGAGUGCCGGCUUUUUGCCAUGGAAGAUCCAGGAGAAGUACAAGGGCACCCACAAGAACUCGGACCAGUUUGUCUUGGGGCUGGUGCACCAGGAGUAUGCCAGAAUCAUGGACACAGGUGGAGAAGCCGCAGCCAAGCGAUUUUGUGUGCAAGAGGGGCUUCACCCUGCCAUUAUGCGGCAGGCCUACAAUGCAUCUGAGCAGCUGAGGGCGCUCCUGCAGAGCGACGCCUUGGGCGGUUUGGCCAUGGGUAGUUUGGAGGAUGAGGAAGGGACUGCCGCCAUAGCUCUUGAGCAGCACCGGAACUACAGCGCGAUUCGAGACUGGAAUUCCAAGGAGUGGUGCUGGGGGGCCGUGCUCCUUUCACUGGUCACUGCCUUGCCGCACUUGGCGGUGCACCAAGAGAAGCGACACGUCUGGGUGGCAGAGGACACCAUUGGUGCGGUCUAUAGAGGCUCCAUCAACUGCUGCAAGAACAGCUAUGUCUUUCCUUCACCGAUCUUCGCCUUUCUGGACCAAGUCAAGGAAGGUGGAUGGAGACCAACGAGAUGUCGGCAACUCACCAACAUGCCACCGCUGCUGGCUCUGCUGAAGCCUUUUGCCAACGGCGAGAUUCGGAUGGAUGAGCAGGAUGGGAGCUGCGUGAUCAUUGGCAACUGGAUUCCCCUUGGACCUGUGCACGUAGACACGGUGAACUUGCUCCUGGUCCUGCGGCGUCGAUUGGAGGACACCCUGUGCGAGUAUGCCGACGGGAUUGCAGAAGGUGCGUUCCAAAGAGACAACGAGCUCACACAGCUUUUGCAGGACCUCCUUGGCGGUGCGUCCCUGCGUUUCCGCGAGCCACCGGUUGCCCCACCAACUGUGGCCCCACAAACUGUGGCCCCACGGGGCACGGUGGUCGCUCCGCGGGGCACCGUGGCGGCAGUGAAGCCAGCGUUCCAGUUGACGGUGACCAUGACGGGUGGAUCCCUUCCGGUCGAGCCGAACCGCCCGCCCAAAGCUGUGAAGAACAAAGGUAUCGAUUGGUGGAGCUGA